AUGAGUGGUUUCCAAAGGAAAUCUUUGUCCUGGUCUCUUAUCCUGAUCUCUUUAUCUUCAGCUGCUCAGAUAAAGAAUUUGAUGAGCCAGCUGGGAACCAAGCAGGAUUCCAGCGAGCUGCAGGAAAACCUACAACAGCUACAACAUUCAGCCAACCAGCUUGCUAAAGGGACCAAUGAAUACCUAAAGGAACUGGGAUCUCUGCCACUUCCUCUGUCAGCUUCUGAACAGCGCCAGCAGAGGCUUCAGAAAGAGCGUUUAAUGAGCGACUUCUCUGCGGCCUUAAAUAACUUCCAAGCAGUACAGAGGCGAGUUUCAGAAAAAGAGAAAGAGACAGUAGCAAGGGCGAGAGCUGGCUCCCGCAUCUCCGCUGAUGAGCGCUUCAGAGAAGAACAGCUGGUCUCGUUUGACAGGUAACAUGUACUUGCACUCUGGAUGUGCACAUAAGCACUCUUAC